CCCGUGAGCAACAGUAAAAGAAGGUCACGUGAUAAGUCUGUCUACCAGGGUCUUCACUCGACGCCAUCUCCAGCGGCCCACGCUUUUUAAUUUGUUUGGAUGACAAUUAGUUCACACUGGAUAGAAGAGUCUGCCAACUUUUUAGUAAGUAAUUCAUCGUAGUAAGAGCGCAUUAAACGAUCUUUGAAGGUUGGUGGUUGUAAAACGCAACCAAUGUUGAACAUUGCGGGUGUAAAGGCGGUGGAAACUUGAAGACAUCUUUUGUAGAAGGUAUGUUCUUCUAAAAGGCAAGUAAUCAGUCUCGUUUUAUCAACCAUGUUAAAGAGUACAAUGCGAUAACUUUGGAAAUGCGCACCUACCUUCCUUCCGCCGACAAAAUAGGAGAAACAGACUCUCUUCCUUGUGUAUAGCAGUGCAUCGAAGCCGAAUUGUUAUGGCCGUGAUCCCGUUUAACAUUUACAGCGAUCGAUAAGAAACGAUCUGCCGCGCGCGCGAAGUCGUAAUUUAUAAACAGCUGUGUUCUGUUGUGCUCGGUUACACUUAGUUUUGAAUCGAAAAUAAGCACUAGUACUUGAGUUCCCCUAAUAGACCUAGAGCUCAAAGGUAUAAAGAUUGUAACAAAUGUUAGGUUGAAGAAAAUAUAGACGGGAUAUUCCAAGAAAGAUUUAACAUUUUUCAAUUCCCCGAAGGAUUCUCGCGGGAGGGGAAUCGAUCCCGGGCGGGGAGGGGAGGGAGAGAAACAUAAAUAUUCCAGUUCUUGAAAUUAUUUUAAUGUACGACUUUGAAACUUAACGUAUUUUGUAGAUUUUCAACUAUCUAUGAAAAUCAAAUUUCUCGCCCCUCUGUGGAAUAAAAUAUAUAGAAUUACAAAUUCUUACGUAUAUCCUAAUGAUAUCGAUUAACCUCAUGCGUGUGUCCCAAGGUAGUCAAUGCGAUUAAAGGGCAGAUACCCAAAACCCAGACCAUAAUGAAAACUUUUUACAGUAAUAAGCGAUUAAAAAGAUGGACCUUUUUUUUCUGUGAUCACAUAUAUGACUUAAUACGAGCGCUCAAAUUGGCUUUUAAAAGGUAAACACAAACAAAUCGUUUCUGGAUUUCACUACUUAUCUUGGGUAAUUGCGGUUCACAAAUAGGUUGCGAAUACAGCCCUCCCUCUUUAAGCUUUUUUCGAGCAUUUUAUCUGUGUAAAAACAUUAAGCAUUUGUCGAGCAUUGUGGCAUUUUCAUAAAAAAAUAUUCAUCAGUUUGGUCUCUAAGAAAAUAGACAUUUCUCAUUGGAGAAAAUGACGACGUAAGUUCUAACUUCAAGAUUAAAACAAUCAACUUCAUCCCUAAUACAGCGGCGUAGAGGAUAAUUGUUCAAAUUAUUAUUUUGCUGCAAAGCAAGCGUUCAUGUACAUGUAUUUUGCGGUGCGAAAGAUGAUACUGAUCAAUGUUCUCCUGCAAUCUUAGACAAUGAAACGGACAGAGAGUUGGGGCGAGCCAAUUGUUUUCAGACAAGAUGGUGGCCCCGAUCAAUUCUGGCGCAAAACAAUGGCUGUUUUAAAACCAUCAACUUAUAAACAUUAGUUAUUGGUGCACCACUAGCCCUUAACCGUCGUACAACGAUUAAAAUUAAUGAAAGGGCUUCUUUACAAGGACAGCUAGCUUUGCAUAUGCAUCACAUGCUUCGCAUUAAUUUCCGCAGAUAGGGUGGUUGCUAUGAAGAUGGGCGACGGGUUGGACCAAAUAGAUGACAUGGGCGAAAUUUGCGAAAUAAUGAAGUCCUUACAAAUUCCGACAAAAGGAUUAAAGAAUUGUGAGGAAAUGAAAGCUAAACUACGAGACUUUCUAAAGGAGUCUGCCACGAAAAGGGUUAGCGAGGUUAGUAUCCUAUUUUUUUCUAUCGCAAUUGCACAACUAUAUGGUAAGCAAAUUCUACGAUUCUCAGCAAACUGUGAUGGAAAUUUAGUCCCUUCAAUAUUAUUGCUAAAAGAGGCUGAAAAUUGGUUUUUCUUGGUCGAAUUUGUUAGUCAAGCGGCAAUCAUCUUCACGUCCUCGGUCUUUCGUCUUCCCUGUGAAACGUUAAUUUAGUCACCAAUGUCAGAAGAUAAGAUUUUCCGACACCAGGAAAGUCUAGUUCUGACGAACUGUUUCUUCUUCUCAGAAUGUGUAACCUGCAAACUAUCUAUGGAAUACAAUCCGCAGAUAAAUGCAGGCUGUCUUGCUUAGAGUUUUCACUGAAAAGUCUCAGUGAAGUUUGAAUAAUACGUGGCGAGAUUUAGCCUGAAUUUCCGAGCAGUAGAUUACUCCGACUCGUUUUUACUCCCUCAGUAAACGAAUCUAAGUAAUCGUUUGAAGUUCAGGCUAGCCAAUAAAAAAGACAAAAAAAUACAUUUGCAGUGAUUUAAUGAUUAUGAUUUUCUUUGUUUCUAGCCUUACCAAGUAAUCUCUAACGCUAGUAAGUCAGAUGAAAGAAAACGCAAGAAACUCCAAGACAUUUACAAAAACACUUCAGACUUUUUGGAUAAGCUUGACCCUGGGUUGAAAAUCUCCCUCCAGGAAAGCUUUGGAGACCUCGAAACAACCAUAAGGGAAAGUAUAACAAAGUUACAACCAAGGAACGAAUAUACUGUCCUUGUCGCCGGUAAGAUCAUGAUAAAUUGCGUUAUUCAAAAUUUACCAUGAAAGCACUACAGACUACUCUUUGUCUGGUUUGCGUGCGAUGUGCAAUAAGUAUGUAUAAUCAAAUGAUGAAGAGUGAAAUUUUGUUAGUGAUUUCGAAAUAUUUUCGGGCUGUACGAAUUAUGUUGCAAUGUUCGUAUUCAGUCAGGUCCUCUCCCUUCCUCUCUUGAGAAAGAACCUGUGCCCCAGUUGUUUGAAGGCCGAUUAGCGCUAACCUGCAGGGGUUUAUUUUACCGCGAAAAUUUGUGAAUUUGUUCAAACUAACAAUUCGGAGAUAUUAACUAAUAAGGCAAGUCAGAAAGCAGAUUUCACUCAAAACAGUAAUGAAUAGUACUUUUAGUCAAAGGCUUUUUAAAGGUUAAGCAAGUUAGCAAUAACUGUUGAUGUAUGAUUGUUCUUUCGAUACCGUUUUUUGAGAGGGUCGCUGUACAUCUGGUCCUAAGCGUUCCCACCCAAACCCCCCCCCCCCCCCCCCCCCCCCCCCCCCCCCCCCCCCCCCCCCCCCCCCCCCCCCCCCCACACACACACACACACACACCUUCAGGGUUUAACGUGCAAAUAUUUAGUGGUCGCUUACGGGUCCUUACGGUAAAAAACCACGGGGGAUAUCUUCCGAAAAGAGGUCCAAACACAACUACGUCUCAUCAGAAAAUUCACUGCAAGCAAUUUAGCACGUUUUACUAAUUAUUCCUGUAGCUAAAGGUUGAAAAUGAAAGCUCUUCGUAUACUCUGUAAGUAUUGUAGGGCAAUACCGUAUCAUGAGAGGUAAUCACAUUUUGAGGUAUGAACUGCAUUAAAAGUAUCCAAAGGAAGAUGGUCUUAGGCCCGGUUCAGACGCCGAACUUUUCAUGAGCCGAACCUAAUUCCAAUUAAGGCCGACCUAAAUUAUUUAGACCGGCUGAACUGAUUCAGACGCCGAUCUUAGUUCCAACCGAACUAAAUUCAGAAGGAAAAAAAUUGUCAUUUCGCUCAAACUGAUGCUUACAAAAUACGUUAUAAGAAUUUAUGCAUUAGAUUCGAUACAUGAAAAGUUCCGCGUCUGAAUCAAAGGCGUUCCAAAGUUAAUCCAAAGGCGAAAUUCCCGGCCGGGCUAGGCGGAAAGAACGGCUGAUCGAGCCGUUCCAAAUUGAAACAGACGUUCCUAACUGAUUCAGACGCCGAGCUUUUCAUGUACUUAAUUCAAUGUAUUACGUUCGGCUCAUGAAAAGUACGGCGUCUGAACCGGGCCUUAUAGUCCCCCUUGAGGAAUGUUGUUGAAGAACCACAGCAAAGAGGAAGCCAUUCAGAGGCAGCGUUUUGGGGUUUUCCUAUAUAUAGGGGACUAGCCUGUGUUCUUCCACCCGGCUCCUUACCCAGUAACGUUUGCUUUCUCAAAAGAGGUAAUUAAGGUCAUGAUCACUGAUUCCUCGCUCCAUUUUUCUCCCCAAUACACUAACUGAACGUCUGCAGGAACGGGUCUAUACCCUAACACCUUCUUUUAGCAUGAUACUCUACAUCAUCCAAUGGUUGGUAUAUAUCCGAUGAAAUGUUUGGGGAGGGACCAUUACUUUCCUUACUUGCACAAUUUAUGUCAGUCUUUACAGCCAAUGCAAACAAUCUAUUUCAAAAGUUUUCAACACCCCCCCCCCCCCCCCCCCCCCCCCCCCUCCCCCCCCAAACCACCUUUUUUUAUUCUCUUUCUCUUUUAAUAAAAAAAAAAAUAUUGUUUUUUUUUUUUUUUUUUAACGAGAAAAAGUACCUAUAACGAUUGGAGCGAGUGGAUUUUAUUUAUUUACCAGUACUUAUACUCUUGUCAACACAAGAACUGAUUGAAAUUUUGGGGAGGGACCAUUACUUUCCUUUCUUUCACAAUUUAUGUCAGUCUUUACAACCAAUGCAAACAAUCUAUUUCAAAAUUUUUCAACCCCCCCCCCCCCCCCCGUCUUUCCCCUUAACAAGACAGUCAACGGUUUUUUUACGUGCUCCUGAUAAAAUAAUAAAAAAUAUCUUUGUUUUGGAUUGUUUUGAUGAACAGGCGAAACCAGUGCUGGCAAAAGUAGCGUUAUAAAUUUGAUCCUCGGAGAAGAUCUUCUUCCUUUCUCAGUCCUGAGUACAACUUCUACCAUUUGCGAACUGAAAUAUGGAGAGAAAAAAAUGAUUAACGUGCAUUUCAAGGAUGACGGAACACAAACACGUGACCCAGAAAUGCAUGAACUGAAUGAAAGUCCUGAUGAAGACUACAUAGCUCAGAUCAGUAGAUUUGUUAGCUUGAAAAAUGAUCGAGACAAGACACCGUACAAGAAGAUAGAGAUGUUUUGGCCACACCCUUUGCUUAAGGUAAUGGUGAUCAAUUUAGGUCUCUGGGAAACUGCCCACUCACCCCUCCCCUAAGUCAACAUUAACACUUACUUCUCACUUAGGGCAAAAUGUUGGGUUAGGGGAGGGGUAGGUGGGCAGUUUCCCGGGAACCUAAAUAGAUCCAUGGAAAAGUUAUGUGUGUAUUAAAAUUUGUACCAGAAAUUAUUUGACAGAUGUACCAAUUCAAACCCAGACGGGAAUAUAGUUUCAAGAGAAUGGUUUAACAAUUUAUAUUUAAUUUGCAAUUAGCAGUCAGUUCAAUGACUUGUUUCUCUCUCUGUGAAUACUCCACGCGGUCUUAAAUUGAACCAACGACGAAACCAACCUCAAGGGCCAGUUGCCAAGUUCAGAAAAAGCCGACUUCUGCUAACAGAUUCUUUUAUGCCGGUCCGGGAUCUCGUAGCGAACGGGAUACAUGCGUGUACACGCACGUAAAUUUUUAACUCGUAUUUAAAAUAGAGGAAAUAUAUAGUGUUGAGCUUUAACGUAAUGUUGAGAACUUUUGCUCUUACGUUCGACAUUUCAUGCAUUGCUUCUAUUUUAUUUGUGGAUGUUAAAGUUACGUGCGUGAUCACGUAAAAGUUACGCGACAGUGGAAAUCCACCCUGAAGGAGGAAACUAUCAAAGAUGGAGGGAUUAAUUGAACCUUUAAGGAUAGUCCUCCACUUGAACAUUCCCAAAAGGGUGAGUUUUUUAAAGCUCACUCAGACCGCAUCCAUCUUUGAAAACGUUAACUCUCAGUUAUCAUGAAUUUAUCACAGUUGGUUGUGGUUAAUGAUGCUCAUGUCACUGUCAUUUCAGGAGAACGUUAUGAUAGUGGACAGUCCUGGAGUAGGAGAAAGUGAAGUGAUGGAUGAAUUUGUAGUCAACUACAUGUCCAACGCGUUCUGCUUUAUGUAUGUCAUCAAUACCCAUAAUGCUGGAGGGGUGCAGAAAGACAGGGUGAGAAUUAUAGUUUAUGUAUCAAUUGUACUGAAACUAGCCUGCGUGGCGUGAAGCGUUUCUGUGCGGUUUAGGAGCAAAGAACGAGGAACAAGAGUCAAAGACCGCGCGAAAAAUGGCGCAAGUAAAAGAGCGGGGAGGGGGUGGGGAAGAAAGAAAGGAACCCUCCCCCUCCCCCUUCCUUCAUUUUUUGGUUCUCGUCUCAUUUCUCGCGCGAUCAAAACCGAAAAUCACCUUCCACGGUCUUUUUUUGCUCCGAAACCAAACGGAAACGCUUGCUACACAGGCUAUACAGAAAGCGCUAACCCAUCUUUAGAAAACAUUAGUACGGACAUUACCCUCCUUGCUCUGUUAUCUUCUUGUCGUUAACAGCACUACUUAUAAGCUCCAUAAACUAUUAAUUUUUACCGGCCAGUAGAGUUUGAGUGCUUUAAAAUACUUAAAUCUCUUUAAUGACUUUAUCUAGUGGAUCUUCACAUCACGGGUGUAUAUCGAUAGAUUUAAUACUUCAACUCGAUAAAAAGCGUAAAAUGACAGAAACAAAAAACCCAAAGCCCUUUGGAUAGUUAGAAUUCAAUUUAAUUCGCUGUCUGUGUUUCGGGAAUUUGCGUAAUGGACGCUCUUGAGAAGCAACUUUCACACCAAUAUUUUUAUUAAUUAUUCUGAAGGAGAAGAGAGAGGGAGAGGGGAGACUAAGCAUACCUUAAGGGUUUUAUCUAGAGAUGGAAGUCAGCAAUGUCUUCUUUGUUUUUAACAGUUAGAAAAGUUACUCCAGUGUGCCCAAGCGAAACUCACGAAGAAUGAUCUCGCCCUAUUUACCGAAUGUGCUUUGUUUGUCUGUAACAAGUGGGAUCUCAUUCAACCUAACGACCAGAAGGAAGUAAAAGAAGCACAAGUCGCAAAACUUUCCAAGAAGCUUCCAAAUCUAGAUCCAGGAAAACAAAUGGUCUAUUUGUCCUGUAAAACUGCCCAGACUUGCCAGAAGUUUGGUUACAUCACUCCGGACUUCAACAACUUAAUCGCUGGUAUCAGCCAUCUUAUUGUCUCUGCAAUGCAAAACAAGUUGGAAAUGCACUUCAGGUAUUUUAACGCUAAGAGUGGUCAGGAUCAAAUUCUUCUUUGUAAUAUCAAUGCUUUGUAAAACAAAGUGGUCAUGAGAAUUACGGACAUGAUCACACAAGAUGAAUUUGCGUGAUAUUUUAUCAACUUCUCCCCACUACUUCUGUAGGAAAUGAAAAGGGGCAACAAAUGAGAAUUCAAGUUUUAAUCUUAGAGUUUAAAGAGUUAACAAGGUCUAUGAGGAGAAAAGAAGCAAUCUGCUUCAACGUUUUUAAUCAGUCAAUUUCGAAAAAGGUGAGCUUAUCCAAACAGAUUAAGCGGGCUUAUCGCCAUAGAUGUUAUGACUGUGUGUAUGGAAUGAAAAUGGAAUCCGUUAGCCUUUGAGUUGUACAAAGGAGAUUCUAUACAUUCCCGUCUGCGGGCGCAAUAUAAGCAACGAAUUCCUUCGCCAGGGUGUUAUGAUAUUCUGUUAUGAAAGAAAAUGUAUAUAAAAAAUGUGAAAGUGGGAGUCAUUCAUAAGUAGCUAUGUUGAGUAUGAUCGUCCGGGCGAAAGUAGCCCUGAAGAGGACUGUUGUAGUGACUAACGUUUCGACAUCCUGUGCAGUAGACAUCUUCAGAGUAUCACGUAGGUUGAUUGUUAUUAAACUCUGGCAAGAGAGAAUGAGAUCUGAUUAUUGACCUAAUGUCAUGGAUCCUGAUGAAGUCGCGAUGUUAUUGGUCGACUGCCACAACAUCGAGACCUAAUUGACCAAUGAGGUCAAUAACCAGAGUUUAGUACCAUCAACUGACGUGAUCUCUUUGACUCUGGAGAUGAAUACCGCACACUCAGGUAGUCGAAACGUCGGUCACUGUCAGCAAGAGUCCUACUCCGACAGGACUACGUUCACCUGGACCAUAAUGCUCAACCUGUUCUAUGUGAAAUAUGAAAUUCCGUGUAUUCACUUACUUAAGCUGGUAUCUUCAUCCUCUAGUAUGCAUGUGUAAAAUUUUCGGUUUAAAAUCUAAAAGCCACCAGCUCUAAAUUUGUUAGGGAGGUCAGAGGUAAGAGUACUGCGUCGGUAUCGCAAAGGGUUUAUAUAUGGGGAUCAAAUCCUGUGAAAUUGAAUUUUUUCGAACAGUUCUCGAACCGCUGUAAAAGUCACGUAUAUUUCUGAUCUUUCACGGUUCACUUCUGCUAACUAAGUGAUUUUCCAACGUGUAUGGAUUAAAAAGAAGUGGUAGCCUAAAACUCGCUUAUCACCCUACGUGAAAUCGGAAAUCCGCAUGAAAAGCCUCUGGCACCCAGGGUAAGGACAAAGGGACUGGUACAUACUAUUAAUAAACUCAUUUAGAAAUGAUGAUGCAAAGUUUGAUUUGUAAUGGGUAAAGCGUGUUUUUUUAUGACAUACUAAUAAAAAAAAAUACACUAAUGGAUGUGAUUGCACACGUUUCUGGCAGACAUUAUCAGUGUAAUUAAUAGCCAUUUAUUUUUAGAGGUAUAUUCGAAUAUUUUGGAAACAACUACAGCCCGGAAAAAAAGCUCCGAAGAUCGUGAAAUUUGAACUCAAUUUAAAUUUUUGCUGCCUCCCUUUCACCAUUAUUUGUGGAAUAAACCACCCCUAGGAUCGAAGCGACAACGAAGUAAUCAGUUUAUUUUCCUUGUCAUUAUUCAACAGAUGGCUGGAGGAAGUCCUUUUUCGUGUCUCCCGUCAAGUUAAAAUAUCUCUUAAGACCACAAAGCUGUCCCUCCAAGAAACAAAGGAGAAAAUUUCAAAGGCAAAGAGGCGGAUGCAAGAACUGCAAGAAUCUCAGCAGCGUAAAUUUGAUGAGCUUAGUAAAUAUCAGUCAGAGAUCCUAGAAGAUAUCAUUGCAAAGCUGUCAGAGUACUUCAAAUCCGAAGAGACGGUCAAGCAGUUUUGUGAAUGGUCCCGUGAUGAGGCACCUGAGGUUAAAGAAACCUGGCAGCUGACAAAGGAUGAAGUUCUAAAAUGCAUUUCAAAGAGGACCCAGCAGUUUGUUCAGAACUGGGAAGAUGAGACGCAGGAAUUUGCAACUGCUCAGGCUUCACUCACUGCAUUUUGCUGUAAAAAUUACGUUAUCAUGGAAGAAGCAAUUCAUAAAGUGGAAGAAAACGUCUUUUUGGACGCAGACGAGGAUGCAACUCAUUCUCGAGAAAAAGCGUGGAAAGUGUCCAAAGAUAGUGCUCCAAUAUGGCUUAGACAAGGCUUAGCACCAGUGAUUAUAGGAUCUCCACUCAAAACACUCGGUUUGUUGAAGACUGUUAAGAAGAAGUUCCAUUAUAAAGGUAAGCGGGAGAGGUAUCAGGAAGACCCAUCUGCCUACAUGUCAAAGAGAUCAAAGAAAUGCCUUGCGAUGAUUGGGACUAAAGAUCGACUAUUGCCCCUCAUCAACGAACAGCUGGAAGAUGCCAUUCAGUGCCUAAUACGACUCAAGGAUAAAAUGCCCAAGCAACUGGAAUGUAACGACAGGUUUUAUCAAAAGCUACUUGACGAUGACAGAAGUAAGACCGUGGUUCGCGAAACCUACGAACCUUUGGCUAUGGAGACAGAAUCAUUGAGGCGCGAACUAACCGUGUUUAGUCUCAAAGAAAUAAGAAAGUCGGACUUUACCAGGGAUGAGUUGAAAUGGGAUGAACAUCGCCAGUCAAUCAUAGGAAGAGGAAGUUUUUCGACGGUGUACAAAGGAAUUCUUACUCAGAGUGGAAAACCGGAAGUGAAAGUGGCCAUAAAAGAGUAUAUACAUCCACUGAAUGACAGAAACGUGUGGCAUUUUGUUGAUGAGGAAAGAGCUUUAAGGUUUGUUUUAAACAAUCACUAAAACGAAAAUGAACAUUCCGUAACCUUUAGCUAACUAAUGGUUUUUCGCAGGCGUGGUUUGGGGGACGAUCAGUGUAGAAAAAUAACCCUCGUCCUAUGACCCUAAGGCUAAUUCUUGCAGUGCUCCGUUUCUGAGGCCACUGCCAAUCUUCUUUAUGGACUGAGGGUUUAAAAGGUUCUUUGAGUUCUUAAUAGUCUCUGCAACCACGUGCGUGAGAGUGAUACAACGACAACAGUGGUAGCAGCUAGAAAGUCCAGUUUAAUACUCAGAAUAAAUUGAUAUCCUGGUAAGCCUUAAUGCUAGCUGAUUCAGUCUUAUCGAGUUAUUUAAUGUGAAAUGCUUCUGCCCAAGUAACAUUAAGUCAAAUAAUAAUUAAUAUUAAUACUAUUAUUCCUUUUUCAAUAUCAUGAUUUGAGGAGCUUAAAAGAGUUCUUUUCUUUAGCGCAAUUGGAAACCAGCAUGUUCUUUCCUUACACUUCAUUUUUUUUGGGUAAAAAACAUACGGGGGAAAUCAUCAGCCAAAAAGCUUACCUACUUGGUUGGAUGAAAAACCUACUCAUUGCUAGCAAUGAAUUAUAGGCGCAUACUACUUAAGACUGUACAAAGUAUUGUCCAUAAGUUAAGUUUUCUUUUAAGAUUAUGAAAUUGAACAAAAUUGUUUCACUAUCUUGGUUUACUUUUUUUAAAGAGAGUUGCAACAUCCUGGCAUCGUUACAUAUUUUGGAACUUGUCUUCUGCACGAAACAAAUGGCACUACCGUAACCAUUGUUUUGGAGCUGUGUGACCGUUCCCUCAGAGAACUGGUAACGUCCCAUCCGGAGAAUGCUCCUGCUAGACUUUCCAAUGAAUCAAGAAGGAAAAUAGUCCUAAACUGGGCUCUGCAGGUCUUGGAUGCCUUGCGCUACAUUCACAGUAAAGGAUUUGUACACAGAGAUUUAAAACUGGAUAAUUUACUGGUAAGUUAGUUAUUAUACCACAUUAAGCCAUAAUCGGAUAAUCAUAUGAGCAGGAACAGAUAAUGCCUCCUUUUUUAAUGGUCGAUUUUUCACCAGUACACUUUUUUUGUCGCGAAUGAAAUGGUAUUAUUCUUAUAAGCUUGGAGCAAAGAUCUCACGACACAGACAUGCACACUUGCAUUAACCUUUUAGCUUGGUGACUGUCUAAAACAGUGCUUUCCUUUGAAAUUUUAGAAUGGUCAAUGAAAUCGCAUAUUAUAUAAGAUCGGACGUUGUAAUGAUAAUGUUUAACUUUUCAAAUUGUUUUAAGUUGACCAACGAUGGAGAACGUGUAAAGCUGGCAGACGUGGGAGUGGGAAAAUACGAGGAGUAG